AUGCCAUUUCCUUAUCAGUUCCUCCGAUCCUGCGGGACUAAUUUGGGUAACAGGCCACAAGCCGAACCCACUCGCCCUCUUUCUGUGAAAAACUCAGCCACUGGCCAAGCCGAUGGCGCACUUAGGGCUCUAUUACUGGCUCUUGAGCUCAAGGUUGAUAGCCAUGGUAGCAUUGGAUUUAUCUAG